AAAAUAAUGCAGGUCUUGCAACGAGCGGAUGUUGUUCGACGUCAACAGAAGCUCACCAGGCGUAGCCCUCGCAAAGCCAGUCUCUUGUUUGUACUGAAAUUAAAUAUCACAAAUAAGCUAUGUAUACAGAAAUCGCAAGCUACCGAAAUAAGUAUUUCAUCAGAAUCUCUACAGAGAAGUCCCAAGCCUCUCUCUGUUCAAGUUUUUAUACAAGAUUUAAUUGAAACGAUCAUGUGAGGGUAAAGCGAAGUUAUACAUGCAUAGUGUUAAUUAAGAACGCUUGUAGUAAGUAAAAGACUCUGUACACGGUUUGAAUCAGUUGGAGAGUGAUCAUGGCAGUGACUGGUCUCAUAGUUUAUCUUCUGGUAAUAAUAAAUGCUCACACGCGAUCACAGUACACGGACGAUUCUGAUUACAAGGACUUAGAAUUGUACGAGGAGAUGCCGGUGAGUUACAACUUUAACAGAGACCAAGACGAUUUUUAUAUCCUGACCAAUUUCGAGGACAACGACGUUUACUCCCAUAAAAACGGUCUUCAGUUCGAAAAUGAGGAUUCCCUCGCGAAAAGGUCGCCGGUCACUAAGCUGGACUGGUACAAACCCGAGAGAGUGUAUCGAUACACGAAGCACAGAAUCCCUGGCUACGAUUACGACGAGCUCGACUACGUUGUCAGCAGGAAUUUUCAACAGUGCGAUGAAAAGUCUGUAUGGACGCAUUGUCUCUGCCAGUUCACUUGCACCGAACCAGACGUGGUCGACUGCUAUUCCCCAUGCAAGAGCGGAUGCGAGUGCAAAGAGGAAUACGUGUACGACGAGAAGACUCAACAGUGUUUAUUGCCUGAUCAAUGCUCGUUGAAGGAGGAGGAUUUUUAUAUCAAAUAAUGUUUCAUUAAUCAUUGAAUAAAACUAUCAAUUAUUUCUCA